AUGGCCGAAGGUAAUAAUACCAAAGAAUCGUUAAACGAUGUCGAUCAAGUCCCAGAAAAUAAUAAUAUUGGCCAUUAUGUUGACAAGGCAAAUGUAUCGCUGUCGGACGACCAGACUGCAAAUGAGGAGCAUUUAAAAUUUGCCAACUCUGCAGACGGAAUCGAAAAAAAUACGAAGGAAUUGGUUGAUAAAGGGGGCGAAAUUGGGGCGAAUAAUAUUAAAAAUGCUGAAGUUGCACACAGUAAAGAGAACGAAGAAUCAGGCCUGACAGCUAAAAUACCAGGUGAUGGCAAUGAAAACAAUGGGAAGAGUAUUGCAGAGAGUAUUGGCCGUGAUAUAAAAUCAGAUAACGCCAGUUCAAACGAAGGAUCAAGUGAAUCCUCAUCCCAGCCAAAGUCGAUCAGUCCCCGGAAAGUAAAGAGAAGAGGAAUUUUCGUGUCGUAUGCCCCAGGAGCGAGUUUUAUCGAGAAGCGCUUUAUUUCCUAUACGGUUAAGGAAUUAAAAAAUGUAGGAUUUUGCGAUGAUAUUUGGUUCGACAAAGAUGAGGGAGAGCCAAUCCAGAGUCCGUUCUGUUUUCAACAGAGACUAGAAGUUGCCGAAAAAUGCCGAGCAUCGAUCAUGUUUCUGUCUGAGUCGUACUUCAGUUCCAGAGUUUGUCGUCAUGAGGGACAGAUCUUGCUUAAUCGGGACGAAGAUCGAGAAAGUGCAGACGGAAAAGAUGAACUUGAGAAGCCAGCAAAAUUGUUUUGUAUCAACUAUAGUCGCGGGAAGCUUCCUAAAGAGUACAAGCAGAUGGAGGAACGUGCCCUGGACUUGAGCUCCUAUACUGCAUCGAGUGUGGCUGAGCUUUCGUCCGUCGUUGUGGGAACUUUCAGUGAAGAACUCGAGAAAUAUGCUCCUUUGUUUGGUUUGCGCGUUCCCACGCCUCCUCGUGCACAAGACGGUUUAAAAGUUGAUCGACAAAAACCUGUAUCCUCGUGGAAUAUAUCUGAUGUUCUUGGUUGGUUGACCUCUCUGAAAAUGCAAGCGUACUGCUCCCUGAGCUUUGAAGAGAACGAAAUUGACGGCUUCUUGUUGGUUUCUAUGAGUGAAACCGACAUGGAAAUCCAUUUGAAUGUUGACAGUCGCGUGGCACGUCGAAAGCUGUCGCAACAAGUAAAGAGAAUCCAAGAAGAUCAAGCACAGAGCAAAGACAACUGGUAUCUAAAGUGUCAAAAAAGCAAAGCGAAGGAAGACUCCGUCUACGUUAUUUGCGAUCCAAAUGAUGUACGGUUUUAUUACAACCUACGAGCGGAUUUGCUCCAGAAAAACCUACAGGUAUAAUAGCUAUUGCGGUCACGCUAUUGUGUUUAAAAUUAACAAAUUAUCAUGUCAAUUAGUUUUUGCAUGUAAAAAUAAUCCUGGAUGACCAAUAUCGCUACCUCAGCUCAUUAGACUGAUUGAAUUAUUAUUUUCGGUCGAUCGCUAAAUUAAAUUUAUUUUAAUUUGACUUGUUUGAUGUACCAUAAUCCUCGGGCAAAUAUAGUUAAACCUCUAUAUCAAGCGGACACCUUCGGAACCUUCCCAAGUGUCCGAGGUUGUAAAAAUUGCGCAAUGUUUGUUAACGAUCAACAUUCAACGGUUACUCUGCACUGUGAUAAAGUUACAUGUUGUUAAAGAACAGAGAAGCUAUCCAGAGUUCCAAUUCAUUACCUUUCAUUACCAACUUUAAUUUGUUUGUAACUGACUUCAGUAUUUCAAGGACGUAAUCCAAUACUACUAUUGUCAAUUCAGUCCGAUGUCCGCUUAGCAGAGGUUUUUAACAAUAGAAAUGAGCCAAAUACAACUUACUUCGCGUCCACCUAAUAGAGGUGUCCGCUGAACAGUAGUCUGCUACAAAGCCGUUUUUGGUGUCGUCACGCAACGCUUCUCCCCACUAACACACUGGGGAGGAGCGUUGUGUGACGACACUAAAAACGGAUGUGUAGCAGACUAGCUGAAUAGGGGUUCAUUACAAAGGAAAAUGUAAGACGUUAAUUUCGGAACCCGGCCUAGUGUCCGCUUAAUAGAGGGUGUCCACUUGAGGUUUCACUGUAAUGAAAUUAACAUAUGGGCAUGUGAUGUAAGGCAAGUGAUUUUAAUUGGCACAAUGAUGAAACGCCUACCAAGUUAAAAAACGAAAACUGAAAAUCAACCAUUAUCAGAGAGAAAAGUCAAACACACGCUUUUGCAUUUUGAGUGCAAAACUGUUCAAUGAAAAUAUCUGAUAUAAAUUUGAAUUCCAUUUUCCCAUGCCAUCGCAAAACGGUUGCCACGAAGGUACACGCAUUUAAUAUAUAUUAUAUUGUGCAAGUUUCUUUGGUCACGUGUGGCGUCCAAACUGUGAAUUCUGAGUGGCUGGUAGCCGUGAUUCUGUGAGCAAAACAGUUUGUGGUGUUUUUUUUUUAAAUCGAGGAACGAGAACUAAGAGAAUCACGAUCUGCUACUUCCUAAAUGUUGCCCUUUGUACACGUUUUGUACAGUGUGAACGGUGGCAAGGGUCAUUGUACAAACCUCACGCUGUACUUUCUGUGACACAUACAUGUAUAUAGGUACCUUUCUGCUGAGUAUGACUACAAACAUGCUAUUGCAAGCCUUUCUCAAAAUGUCAUGAAAAAUUGGAAGCUUGGAGACCCAGGGGCAGUGUAGUCUGCUCCACGGCCGUUCUUUGUGUCGUCACGCAACGCUCCUCGUUGCAUGACGACCCAAAGAACAGAGUCGGCUCUUCCGCCCGUGCUUGAAAACUUUGGUCGCGCCUUUUUUCCCGACCGGGCUGACUGCCUCUGGUUCUCCGAGGAUGGAAAAUUUGUUACAAGAUCGAUUUGUAUCUUCCGAAUUCAUUGCAGUCCAGGAAGUUAUUUAACAGUUUUAAAACAUGUGGCUGAACGUUCAGCCUCAAAUUUGUUGAACUUAUCAUUGUGUUGAUAAAUGUGGUUGUAUGACUCAACCUCUGGCCUGAAGUAAAAGCCCUGGGAAUGAGUUCUUCUGCCGCGUGUUUUUUGGUCGACAAGAUUUGCUGACCAUGAUCACUUGCGCUGGCUUUUUUUAUUUUCUUUUUCACAGUAUUCGCCACGUUAAAGACCGACUUCUAUAAAGGGAUUUAGGCUCCGUCUACACGUAUCCGUUUUGUUUAGAAAACGGAGAUUUUUUUCCUCUUUGCUUUGGUCUUGGGUCCACACAUAUCCGCUGAAAACGGUUACCGAAAACGCAUCUUUUCAAAAGCGCUCUCCAGAGUAGAGAUUCAGCAUGUGUUUUGUAAACAUCAGUUUGCGGACGUUAAUUCUAGAAUAAUUUUAAAGUAUCGCUUCCUUCUUACAGGUAUUUAAACAUGAACGACUUGGCCAGUCAAGAGAGGAGUUCCUACAGCUCAACUCUGCGCACCUGGCUAGCUGCAGUCACGUGAUCAUUCUCUUAUCUAACUCAGCUGCCACGUCGCUGUUUGUAUACAAUGAGGUUUUGUUUGCUGAUUGGUUGGGUAAGCCUUUCGUGGUUGUCAUGGCAUCCAACGCGUGGGAAAAGCUUCGUCCCAACAUGCAGGCGAUUCUGGGAAGCUGCCCAGCGGUGGAUUUCGAGAACAGGGCGUAUGAGGAGAGUAUGGACAUACUUUUGUAUCACCUAAAGCCCUUUCGCAACAUGCCGGCUGUCAUCUUGGAGCAAGAGUUUUUGGAUCGUAUGGUAGAAGGUCUCAAACCCUUAAGAACGCUUGCUGUUCUCCCUGGUAAGUAUAUUGAAUUUAAAAACAAAAUCCUUGACGCAGGAGUAAAGCCUCAGCACUUUUUUUUUAACAUCUUUCAGUUACGUUAAGAUUCUCCCUAGGAAGGGACAGCCGGGUUGCAUCGCAGUUGCGUCAGCCUUGUUAUCAGAAAGGACUUCGGUAGAAGCGAGGUCAACUAGUUCUCUUAUGAUGGGUAGCUGCUAAGCAUUCAGUUUGGUGUUCCUGUGGUAACGAAAUAUCUGUUUAUAUUCUCCAAAUCAUCGAUAAACUACAACUCAUGCUUUGUACAAGCAUGUUUUAUUAUCAGUCCUAUUAGAUGAAAAAAACGUGCGCAUCAAUAUUGUUUUUAAAAUAAACAAUGUAAGUGCUUAUUUAAACCUGCUGUUGUUGAUUCAUAGUAUAAAGAAGCCGUGCAUCUUCAAAUAAUUACUGGUAACCUUGCCAGCAUCAGAUUGGGUGGAGUUGACUUUAUUCUCAACAACUUAAAGGACCUGUGUUAGGAUAUUUAUCAAAAUUCAAACAGUGACACCCGCCACCAAAUUCUGUAUGAUUAAAAACGUUGGUUCGAGACAUUAAUAGAGCUGAAGGUAUAAAUAUCCGAACAAAUACAAUAAAACGCACGGAUGGAAAAGCUUGUAGUAUGAAAGAUGAAAACGGAUUCCAAUUUGGUUUUUGAAAACUUGAGCGCUCUCAAUUCAUCAAAAAUUCCGGUUUGAAAUUUUGGAAAUUCUACGUGCCCAAUGGAACGGUACAUUCCGGUUGCACAGACUCGACCCAAGCCACGGCGCAGUUGCUUAUUGUUCUUGCAAACAGCAUACAAACGAUGCGGAACAAUUUUGUCCAAUGGAAAGGAACAUUUCAGUCCGACCGACCAAAAUGAGUUGUCCGGACAAAGUGGGUCACCUUCAGUGGCGGUCCCAAAUAUUCCGCCAGGUAGGAGCGAACCGAAAGGGGUCCUUUCCAUUUCAUUUCUAACCAAAAUUUUCGGACUUUUGGGCUGAAUGGAAAUAAAGCGCCCCUUAUUACCCUGUGACAGUUUUUCAAAGUUCAUUUCAAAGAAGCUGUGAUUUUGUCUUGUCAUCUGCAAGUAAAUUCCUCGUUAACCUGACGUUAAGUUCCUUAGCGACUAAAAAGCGUUUUUGUAUUAUAAGGGACCUUACGAUCCGACAACGGUGACGUCCAUUACUAGGUCCUGAAAAAUAGACUCUGCAUCAUUUCAAACCAUUUCGCGCUUAUCCCAAGUCACCCAGUUACUAAAAAGAAGGGAAUUUAUGUUGCAGCUGAAGAGAGGGGACCGCGCCCGAGUUCAGAGAGAGAUGGUAGAAUUUAUCACCUUGCCGUUCCCGUACUCAAGUAAACUUAACAUUUGGUCAUUUCACGUCGUAGUCGUGCAGAAAAGGCAAAGAAAUGUAGAGAAAAGCGUGCUGCACGUGCAGAGUUGUUGUUUUGCUAACUAAAUCUAUUGCUUUUUGACGUUGCCAUUGCCGUCGCUGUCGUAGUUUCGUAAGGUCCCUAUUAUAUUAACUCAAUGAACUUGUCAGGCGUUGACACAGCCCCUUUAACUGACGAUAUUGCUUUUCGUGUCAUCGUUCAGAUAAUAUCAGCGCAGGGAAUGAAGAAAUCUACCCACGGCCUAACCUGUUUUUGAGUUAUCACUGGGAUGUUCAAAGCAAAGUACAGAUUUUGGUUCAGUACCUGGAAAGUCACGGAUUCCAGUGCUGGACAGACGUCAGUAACGGAAACAAACGUCACGCAACAAGUCCUUCCCCUAAACAUGGUGACACUUUGCAGACUCAGAUUCAAAGGAAUAUCAAGGCGGCUGCCGCAGUUGUGUGUUGUGUGACGCCUAAAUACGUUUGUUCAGAGAACUGUACAAAGGAUCUCAGUAUAGCUGAGUCACUGAACAAGCCUGUCGUUCCCGUGAUGCUUCAGUGGCUGGCAUGGCCUCCUGAAGGGGGAAGGGCGCGCCGGAUUUUGGCGCCGUUGUCGUGUAUCGACAUGAGCAAUGACAACCUAUUUAAGAGAAACCUCAGUACUGUUGAAGCACAUCUGAAGAAACUCGCAGCAAAAACAAAGUCCACUUGA